GGGGGCGCAGCGCCCCGCCGUGGGAGGAGGGCCGCGUGCCGCGUCUGCGGGAAGGAGCCGGGAGCGAGCCGGAGCCGAGGCGAGGAACCGAGAGGCCCGUGGAGCCGCGCGGGGAACGCCCGGGCGUAGCUGAGCCGGAGGCCGCGGCUGCGCGGCCCACGGGCCCGGCCUGGCACCGAGGGAGUCGCGCGCUGUACAGAAGCGGAGGAGCGAGGCGCCGCGGCCUGAGUGAGAAUCAAUGAAAAGAACAUGACUUUUGGAGGCAGAAGACUUAGUUUCACAUCCCUACUUCACUUCCUAAUUUUGUGAUUUGGGUGUUACCUGACUCUCUUCACAAUGCUGUGUCGGAAUUGGGGCUCAGGCAACUGGCGCAAGAAAAUGCUGAUAAUCUGAAAAUGCUGCUCCUGGUAAAUAUCUAAUGCAAGAUGUUGACAUUGAAAACUUGGAUAGUGCAAGCGUUGUUUAUUUUCUUCACCACUGAAUCUGUAGGUGAACUUCUAGAGCCAUGUGGUCAUAUCAAACCUGAAUCUCCAGUUGUACAACUUGGUUCUAAUUUCACUGCAGUUUGUGUGCUAAAGGAAAAAUGCAUGGAUUAUUUUCAUGUAAAUGCUAAUUACAUUUUCUGGAAAACAAACCAUGUUACUGUUCCUAAAGAACAAUAUACCAUCAUAAACAGAACAGCAUCUAGUGUCACAUUUACAGAAAUAUCUUUAUUAAAUAUUCAACUCACUUGCAACAUUCGUACAUUUGGACAGAUUGAUCAGAAUGUUUAUGGAAUCAGAAUAAUUUCAGGCUUGCCUCCAGAAAAACCUAAAAACUUGAGUUGCAUUGUAAAUGAAGGAAAGAAAAUGAUGUGUCAGUGGGAUCCUGGAAGGGAAACAUACCUGGAAACAAACUUCACUUUAAAAUCUGAAUGGGCAACGGAGAAGUUUGCUGAUUGUAAAACAAAACGUGACACCCCCACCUCAUGCACUGUUGAUUAUUCUCCUGUGUAUUUUGUCAACAUUGAAGUCUGGGUAGAAGCAGAGAAUGCCCUUGGGAAGGUUACAUCAGAUCAUAUAAAUUUUGAUCCUGUAGAUAAAGUGAAGCCCAAUCCACCACAUAAUUUAUCAGUCAGCAACUCAGAGGAACUGUCUAGUAUCUUAAAAUUGACAUGGAUCAACUCAAGUAUUCAGAGUUUUAUAAGACUGAAAUAUAAUAUUCAAUAUAGGACCAGAGAUGCCUCAACCUGGAGCCAGAUUCCUCCUGAAGAUACAGCAUCCAGUAGAACUUCUUUCACUGUCCAGGACCUUAAGCCUUUCACAGAAUAUGUGUUUAGAAUUCGUUGUAUGAAGGAAGAUGGUAAAGGAUUCUGGAGUGACUGGAGUGAAGAAGCCAGUGGGAUCACAUAUGAAGACAGACCAUCCAAGGCACCAAGUUUCUGGUAUAAGAUAGAGCCAUCCCAUACUCACGGCUAUAGAUCUGUGCAACUCAUAUGGAAGACAUUGCCUCCUUUUGAAGCCAAUGGAAAAAUUUUGGAUUAUGAAGUGACUCUCAUAAGAUGGAAAUCACGUUUACAGAAUUAUACAGUGAAUGACACAAAAUGGACAGUAAACCUCACAAAUGAUCGUUACAUAGCAACUCUGACAGCAAGAAAUCUGGUUGGCAAAUCAGAUGCAGCUGUUUUAACUAUCCCUGCCUAUAACUUUCAAGCUACUCGCCCAGUCACGGAUCUUAAAGCAUUUCCCAAAGAUAAUAUGCUUUGGGUAGAAUGGACUGCUCCAAAUGAAUCUGUAAACAAGUAUAUACUUGAAUGGUGUGUAUUAUCAGAUAAAUCGCCGUGCAUCCCAGACUGGCAACAAGAAGAUGGCACUGUACACCGCACCUUUCUAAGAGGGAACCUAGCAGAGAGCAAAUGUUAUUUGAUAACAGUUACUCCAGUAUAUACUGAUGGACCAGGAAGCCCUGAGUCUAUAAAGGCAUACCUUAAACAAGCUCCACCUUCCAAAGGACCUACUGUUCGGACGAAAAAAGUGGGGAAAAAUGAAGCUGUCUUAGAGUGGGACCAACUUCCUGUUGAUGUUCAGAACGGAUUUAUCCGAAAUUAUACUAUAUUUUAUAGAACCAUCAUUGGAAAUGAAACUGCUGUGAAUGUGGAUUCCUCCCACACAGAAUAUACACUGUCCUCUUUGACCAGUGACACCUUGUACAUGGUACGAAUGGCAGCAUAUACAGACGAAGGUGGAAAGGAUGGCCCAGAAUUCACUUUUACUACACCGAAGUUUGCUCAAGGAGAAAUUGAAGCCAUAGUUGUUCCUGUUUGCCUAGCAUUUUUAUUGACAACUCUUUUGGGAGUAUUGUUCUGCUUUAAUAAGCGAGACCUAAUUAAAAAACAUAUCUGGCCUAAUGUUCCAGAUCCUUCAAAGAGUCAUAUUGCCCAGUGGUCACCUCAUACACCUCCUAGGCAUAAUUUUAAUUCAAAAGAUCAGAUUUACUCAGAUGGCAAUUUCACUGAUGUAAGUGUCGUGGAGAUAGAAGCAGCAAAUGACAAAAAGCCUUUUCCAGAAGAUCUGAAAUCACUGGACUUAUUCAAGAAGGAAAAAAUCAGUACUGAAGGACACAGCAGUGGUAUUGGAGGUUCAUCGUGCAUGUCCUCCUCUAGGCCAAGCAUUUCUAGCAGUGAUGAAAAUGAGUCUGCCCAGAACACUUCAGGCACCGUCCAGUAUUCCACAGUGGUGCACAGUGGCUACAGACACCAGGUUCCAUCGGUCCAAGUCUUCUCAAGAUCCGAGUCCACCCAGCCCUUGUUAGAUUCUGAAGAGCGGCCAGAAGAUCUACAGCUGGUAGAUAACACAGAUAGCAGUGUUGGCAAUUUGCCCAGGCAACAGUAUUUCAAACAAAACUGCAGUCAACGUGAAACCAGUCCAGAUAUUUCACAUUUUGAAAGGUCAAAGCAAGUUUCGUCAGUCAAUGAAGAAGAUUUUGUUAGACUCAAACAGCAGAUUUCAGAUAUUUCACAGUCCUGUGGAUCUGGGCAAAUGAAAAUGUUUCAAGAAAUUUCUGUAGCAGAUGCUUUUGGUCUACAUACUGAGGGACAGGUAGAGAGAUUUGAAACAGUUGGGAUGGAGGCUGCAGUUGAUGAAGGAAUGUCUAAAAGCUACUUACCACAAACUGUCAGACGAGGUGGCUACAUGCCUCAGUGAAAGACUGGUUCCUGUUAAAACUUCACCAGUACCUGUAAACUAAAGCUAACUUUAACUGUUAUUUCAGAGAAAAAUAAUCUUCACUCACUGAAGAUGAUCAUUUGCCCUUAAGGACAACAGUAAACUGUCCUCCCACAUGGGCUGUUUCCCUUCCAGAAUAUCUGGGAUUCUACUUUCAAGCACUACAUAAACUGACUUCAUCCUCUGAAUAGCUGAAUGAUUUUGUGCUGUUUCAGGAUGUUUGCACUGAAGAAAAACAGAAAGCUUGUCUGAAAUUUAUAAAGUAAAAUUUUCUGUAGCUAGACAACAGAUGGUCUUUAAAUAAUAAGCAGUGAUGUAUUUAGCACAGCUCUACUGAUUUUAAUGAGAAUAGUCACCAAAUAAAGUGGAUGAGAUGGACUUAAGAUAACAAAUUAGAUGAGCAAGGUCUAGACCCUCUACUUUAGCUGACAGCGUAAGGAGAGUAUUAGGUAGCAUAACUGUAUGAACCCAGUUUUUGUUGUCUGACCAAAAGCAAAAAAAAACAGUGGGUUGAAUUACAAUCUUACCAACAUGAAAUAUUAGACAUUCUCUUCUGUUGGUGUAAUGAUGCCAGCUACUAGAUAAAUGGAAUUCUAGAGUUUUAAUUUUGCAGAUUAAAAAAUAUAUUUUUGAACAUUUAUAUCAUAAGUAACUAAAUUUUCAAAAAUUUGCUUUAUGUUGUUAUUCACAAUCUGUUUGAAGAUCCGUUUCACAAAUUCAGCAGUUAAGAGUGCCCAGUUAAAAAACUAGCAAUGAAUGCCAAAGUAGCUUAACCAUUUUAAAAAUUCUUUGCCAUUUAUAGACUCGCCAUUUUUCUGUAUAUAUAAACAUUGACCCUUUUUGUUAAAACUUUAGAGAAUUUGGUUGAUGAAGCACUUUAUACAAUAUAUCUUCAACUUAAAAUAUGUUUUAAUAUGCUUUGUUUUUAAGUAGGCCAAGAUUGGAAGGUUUUUUUUUCUAGAUGUUCGAAGCAAACUGAGAACACAUGGGCACUACUUACCAAAAUAAAACCCUAUCCAAAAAUGUACAUAUUGAUGUUAGUUAAUAUCACAGGGAACACCCUGUUGUGGAGGCACUUAAUGAUGAGAUAGUAUUUUAACACCUGCUAGGUCUGAGGUAGGUGGAACUUAGUUCCACAUUGUGAUUUAAAGAGACUUUAAACCUCUUCCCACAAGUUCUCUUCUUCCCAGAGAGAAGUGAGCGAGGGCUCCAGAGUUUAGCACUAACCACACUUUCACAUUUAUGCCCUACCCUACCCACCACAUUUGAUAGGAGGCAAGGGCUAAAGACAGGGGCUAAGUGAAAAUUUUUGAUACGUCAUUAGUAGUUGACUAGUGUUAUCAAGUAGUUUUGCAGAAAGUAUGUUACAGUUUUUUGUCAUAUUUAAGUCACAAAAACCAGGCCCACUUAAAAUGGUUUAUAGAGGUUAUUCAAGAAUAAAAGGCUAAAAGAAGUUGCUCUACAUUUACAGUUGAAAUCUAAUUCUGCUCAUUAUAUAUGAUUCUGUACAUAUUAGACUUCCUGUUAACAUUUUAUACUUUGUAUUCUUGCUUGAUGUGUUUCAGAGUUCUUUCAUACACAGGGUCUUUGUGAUACAGGGCAGGUGCAACAUGAGAUUGGUAGAAAGGAUGAGAAGUAGAUGAGGAAGACUGGGCACAGAGAAAUCUACAGAGAAGUCACACUAUAAGAUAAUGUCACCGCCACCAUUUAAGUUGGUCAAAGCCUGAUCCAAAUCAGGAUUAGAUUUAUCUUGCUAAGAAUCUGUCAAGAAGUUUUUAUCAGUUAUAUUUUUCAUUUCCUCCAAGUAAGUAGUCAUGUUAUUGUCAUCAUGUUCAGCUAUAACUUUCCUCAUGAUAAAUAGCAGUGUUACAAAGAAUUCGAGUGUGAAGUUUGUACAUGGGGAGCACUUAGAAUAUGCAGACUCCUAAUCUAAGGGGGAGGAGAAUGAAGUCACUUAAGAAAGAACAUUAUAUAAGCAACCCUAUUGGUGGAAAACUUGUAUAGAAAAUGGUAUCUGAGUGAAUGCCCCCCAGCUGCAAGAGCACUUUACACAUACUAGAUUGUUACUAUACAGAUAAUCCAAUCAGAAAAUGUAGAUUGGAUUACCAGUAUGUGAUGUACAUCUUUUGCCCAGAUAAAGACAAGCAUUCAUGAAACUUGUUUCAAGUACAAAAUUACCUUCCUGAGUCAUGUCUUAGGAUAAUUUGUUUUGAGGCAUGUAAAUUGUAUUUUAGGUAAGCAGAGAAGUGGAUCUGGUUUAUGUGAAAAUUAGUCUAUAUAUAAGCAGUGGAUGGGUUACUCAGAUGUUUAGUAUCCCAAAAUUUCCUUUAAAGUAACACUGGCACAUCAGAAAAAAAGCUUCUCUGUAGACAAAACUAAUACACUGCUUCUGAUGCGCUCAUACAGGAUUAAAAAAUAAGCAUACAUGCCACAUGUAUUGUUAUAAUUUGACUAUUAGUUACUGGUAUGUUGGUACCCUACUUCAAGCCAGCACUGAUCAGUCACGGCACUCAAGAACAUACUGUGUAAGUAGAAGCAGGGUAAAAAGCAAAACCAUUCAUAUAUUCUGUGUUCACAUCUACCUAGCUGUUCAUUUAAUUGCAACUUUACACAUGAAGUUACCUGGUCUUCCUAGCUUACUGUGAAGUUAAAGGUUAAUGAAGUAGAAAUAUACUUGUAAAACAUUAAUUUAUGAAAGCUCAUCCUUAAAGUAGAACAGCUAAAAUAGCUUUGUAAGUAGAAAUCAAAUUUUUAAAAAUGGUUAGUUUCUAUCCACAUAGUUAACUAAUUAAAAUCAUGACCAAUGUAGAAGUAGAAUAAUCCUGUUGUACAAUUCCCUAAAAUAUUUCUUUUAACUGGCACAUAUUGACCAAGCAUAAAUCAAGUGGAGGAGCUCUUCCUCCGUUCUGUUAUAUUCCACAUCAUUCUCCUAUGUUUGGUUUAAGAACAAAUUUUUAAACCAUACACUUCUGUUGUUUUGUUGAAAUGGGUAAAAUUUCAAUAUAAUAAGCUACAUAAAAAUUUUAAAGUUCAGUUGUUAAAAAUUACUGGGAUAGCUUUCUGUUGCAGGUCGUGUUCAAUUCUACUGCCCAAGAUUGCUUUAAAAAAAAUUAUUGCACUUUUCUAUAAAAUGAGAAUAUGGAGCCAUAAAAUGGCAAGCUAUUUAUGUUUAACCUAAAAUUGGUCAUGGUCGGGAUGCCUGGCUGGCUCAGAAAAGCAUGUGACUCUUGAUCUUGGGGUUAUAGGUUCAAGCAAGCCCUAUGCUGAGAGAAGACAUAACUAAAAAAAAAAAAAAAAAAAAAAAAAAAACUUUGAAAUCCAUGACAAUGACCCAAUUUUAUUUUUAAAAGAAGGUAUAAAGUAGCAACUGGUCUUUGACAGAAGUUCCUUUUCAGAAUAUUUAUAAACAGAAUUCGGAUGCAAGUCAAAACAACUUUCUAGAGCCAAAUGUACUGUCUUUUGGAUUAAUCUUUUUUUUGUAUGUGCUACUAUUAUGCAGUAGUGUGAUAUUCUACUAUACAUUUCGUUAAAAAGAAAAAGAAGACCACCUGGGAUGAGCUCUUGUGUUGUCCAUUUGUUCCUAAAUUUUUAAGAGCUUUUUGCCAUCAGUAGCUCCUUCAGGUGGGCUAGUUUAACUUCAUUACCAAGUGCUUUAAAGUUAAUGAUAAAAAUGCAUUGAAGACCAUGGAGAGAAAUGUUCUACAUCUUUUAUCCCUUAAAGACCAGUUUUGUCUGAAUGGUAACUACAUGUUUCAAGUGGUGUAACAUGAAUACCAAAAUGUGAUGUCAGAUGGUUACUUUAAAGGCAGUUAUUUGAAAAUCCUUUAGUCUUAACAUGUUUAUUGAAUAUACUCUAAAUAAGUGUGCAAUUUGCUAGUACUACAAUACAGUGAUUAGCAUUAGGUAUGUAUCCUCUUUAUAUCUUAGCUAUGUCCCUUUUACUUGUAAGUGCAAUCCUCUCAAGUUCACUUGCUCUUUUACCCCUACGUAGUCUACCUUCGUGUAGAAGGCUUGUCUAGAAAGAGUAAGUAUUUUUACCUCUACGGUGAAUUGCAUGUGCUAAUUGUUACAAUAGCUAUCGGUCUUAUGUUGACAUAACUCUAAAUGUUAUUGUAAACGUUGCCUAUGUAUCCGCUCUAAUCCUUUAAGUAAAUUUAAGAAAUAAAUUCUUGUUUAAAUUUUU